AUUCUUCAAAGAUAUUUACGAACAGUAUAAAAAUCAUCGUCUUGUUGGUAUAUAUAUGCUUCAUAAACCAUAUUUGGUUGUGAAUGACCCCAAUUUAAUCCGUGAGGUACUGGCAAAAGAGUUCUCAAGUUUUCACGAUCGUGGUAUAUUUUGCAACGAAGAAACAGAUCCACUAUCUGGAAAUUUGUUUCAAUUAACUGGGAAAAAAUGGAGAAAUCUAAGAGUGAAAUUAACACCAACUUUUACUUCGGGAAAAAUUAAACAAAUGUUUCUAAUUUUAAAAGAAACCGGAAAUGCACUGGAAAAAUUUUUAGGAGAUAAGGCGCAAACAAGAUCAACAAUUGACGUCAAGGACAUAUUUGCAAGAUAUUCUGUAGACAUUAUCAUGUCAGCAGCAUUCGGAAUAACAUGUGAUAGUUUUAACAAUCCAGAAAAUGAAUUUCGGUAUUGGGGAAAGAAAAUAUUUGACCCGAAGCCUCUAUGGAACGCUCUUGUUAUAUGGGCACCACACAUCUUUGACCUAUUUUCUAUACCAUAUAAUGAAAGGGAUGUUACAAAUUUCUUUACCAAAAUGUUUAAAGAAACGGUAGAGUACAGACGAUCGAAUAAUAUCGUAAGAAAAGACUUUUUGAACUUAUUGAAACAAUUGAUAGAAAAUGGAUAUGUAGAUGCAGAUGAUAAUUCAGACGACGUAAAUGUUUCCAAAGCAAUACAAAAUAAAUUAACGAUGACGGAGGCAGCGGCACAAGCAUUUGUUUUUUACUUAGCUGGAUUCGAAACAUCUGCUACGACAGCAACAUUUUGUCUAUAUGAAUUAGCAAAACAUCAAGAUAUACAAGAUAAAGUACGUGAAGAAAUUCAAACGAUGAUUAAAAAACACGGCGAUUUGACAUAUGACGCCCUAAAGGAUAUGAAUUAUCUUCAUAAAGUAAUCUCUGAAACAUUAAGAAAGUAUCCUCCACUUGUUAUUCUGAACCGUAUUUGUACAAAAGAGAUACAGUUGGAUUCGACAAAUUUUCGCAUACCCAUAGGAAUUCCUACAGUGAUACCUAUCUUUGGUCUACAUCGAGAUGCUAACAUAUAUCCCGAACCGGAGAGAUUUGAUCCAGAACGAUUUUCCGAAGAAAACAUAAAAACUAGGCACCCUUAUACUUAUCUACCAUUUGGCGAAGGUCCAAGGAUAUGUAUUGGAUUAAGGUUUGGCUUGACACAAACAAAAGUUGCUAUAAUAAGUGCUCUAUUAAAAAAUAAAGUCGAACUUGCACCAAAUACAAAAACUACCUUGGACUUUCAAGAGGGGUCUCUUAUAUUAAUGGCAAAAGGAGGUGUGCAUUUGACAAUUGUACCAGUGUAAUGAUUUUACAGGUUUCGAAAAUUAUAACUGUGAUUAACAUUUAUACAUUAUAUUUAUACAUAUGUACAUAUGUAGGCGUAUAGACAUUUUACUUAAUCAGCUAUUAACACUGCAAUAUUCCAUGUUGUUGUAUUCCAUGUGUAAUAUUAUAAUUCCAUGUGUAAAUAUUGUAAUAUAUAAAUAAAUG